AAGAAAAAAAGUAUAGUAGUCCGUGUGAGCUAAGCGGAGAAGAAGAAACAGGGAAGAAGAAUGAUAGCGAGCCCGCGACCGUCACCGCAGUCCCCUAACUCGCAUUCCGACUCAUCCUCAUGGGAGUCCAUGCUCCCAGGCCCACCGGGCCGCAACAACUUCGGAUCCUCAGAUCUCGGCCCGCAUGGCCUUCUCGCAUUCCCCUCCGGCAGUUCAAUCUCCGUCGUCGACACCCGUUCCAUGCAGCUUGUCACCGCCUUUCCCAUCCCUCCUCCGCCAUCUACUUCUUCCUCUACCUCGUCUUCCUCCUCCGCUUCCUCCACCACGACCAAUAACGCAACCACCUCCCUCUCUCCCUUCGUCACCGCUCUCCGCUGGACACCUGCUCCCCUCAGCCGCGAUCUCCUCUCCACCGAACCCUCUUCCUCUCACCUCCUCCUCGCCGCUGGCGACCGCCAUGGCCGCAUCGCACUCCUCGACUUACGUCUCCGCUCCCCGAUCCUCUGGUUUGACACCGACAACGCCAAGCUAGCAAUCCAGGACCUCUGCUGGCUCCAGGCCCGCCCUGACCUCUACCUCAUCGCCGCCAUCACCGGUUCUUCCAUCCUCUCUCUCUACAAUGCCGCCACUGGACGCUGCAUCUGGAAGUACGACGCCUCGCCGGAGUACUUCUCCUGUAUCCGCCGCGAUCCCUUCGAUGCACGGCGGAUCUGCGCGAUCGGGCUCAAGGGAUUCUUGGUCUCUGUGCUGGCACACGGCGAGAGCGAGGACGGAGUCGCGAUCAAGGAGCUUCAAAUUCGAACCGAUUCUAGCGAGCUGGUUAAGUUGGAGAGGGAUGUCGUUCCUGGCGCCACGCCGUCGCCGGCUUCUGCGGCUUUUCCGCUCUACGCAGUGAAGUGUGCCUUCUCGCAGCAGUGGAGGCAUAUCUUGUUUGUCACGUUUCCGAGGGAGUUUGUUGUGUUUGAUUUGCAGUACGAGACUGUGAUCUUCUCCUCCGCGUUGCCUCGUGGGUGCGGCAAGUUCUUUGACGUGCUGCCUGAUCCGAACAACGAGUGGGUUUACUGUGCUCAUCUAGAUGGCAAGCUCAGCACAUGGAAGAGGAAACGUGGGGAACAAGCACACUUUAUGUGCUCAAUGGAAGAGUUAAUGCCAUCUGUUGGAACCUGUGUCCCGUCUCCUUCAAUACUUUCUGUAAUUCUAUCCCUAUCAGAUUCCACACUUCAGAAUGUUUGCAAGAAUUAUUCUGAUACACCUAGUUCUCCUUACCUUCAUGAGGACUUUGAUAAUCCUUUUGAUUUUUGUGAUGAACCUACGAUUGUUUCUAAAAUACAUUUGAUCUCCAUUUCCGAUGAUGGAAAAGUAUGGAACUGGCUCUUGACUGCUGAAGGUCAAGUAGACACUCAAAAAGAGGACAAGAAGUUGAAUUUGCUCAGUGGUAAUGGCAGGCAACAGGAGCAUCUCAAUGAUGGUAAAAGGCACCUACCAAGCUCAAUCUUAAACCAGGAAGAAAUUUUAAUAAAGAUGAACUUAGUUGGACAGCUUCAGCUGCUUUCUUCAACAGUGACUAUGCUGGCAGUACCAACUCCUUCUUUAACAGCUACUCUGGCCCGUGGAGGAAACUAUCCUGCUGUAGCUGUUCCUCUGGUUGCUUUAGGAACACAGAGUGGAACCAUAGAUGUGGUUGAUGUUUCAGCCAAUGCUGUUGCAACAAGUUUAGCUGUACAUAAUGGAAUUGUUAGAGGACUACGAUGGCUAGGAAAUUCUAGACUGGUUUCAUUUUCUUAUACUCAGGUUAAUGAAAAAACUGGAGGAUAUAUUAACAAGUUAGUUGUAACCUGCCUUCGAAGUGGCAUUAACAAGAUGUUCCGGGCUUUGCAAAAGCCUGAACGUGCACCGAUUAGGGCUUUGAGAACAUCUUCAUCUGGAAGGUAUCUUCUGAUUUUGUUUCGUGAUGCACCUGUUGAAGUUUGGGCAAUGACUAAAAAUCCCGUCAUGCUUAGAUCAUUGGCUCUUCCAUUUACGGUAUUGGAAUGGACUCUUCCAACAGUUCCGCACCCUGUUCAAAGUGCAUAUUCUAAGGAGCAAACAUCUGGAGCAUCAGAUGAAACACCUAACCCAUCAAAGGUUUCCUCACCGGAUUCAAAGGGUUCAAGCACAGAAGGAUCUCAGGAAGACACUUCUGAAAGUUUUGCAUUUGCUCUGGUAAAUGGGGCACUUGGAGUUUUUGAAGUACAUGGUCGAAGAAUUCGAGAUUUCAGACCAAAAUGGCCUUCAUCUUCCUUUGUAUCAUCAGAUGGAUUGAUUACUGCAAUGGCCUACCGCUUGCCUUAUGUGGUCAUGGGAGACAGAAUAGGGAACAUAAGGUGGUGGGACGUGACAACUGGGAACUCUUCAUCAUUCAACACACACAAAGAAGGAAUCCGGAGAAUCAAAUUUUCUCCUGUUGCACCAGGGGACCAUACCCGUGGUCGUAUUGCUGUUCUAUUCUAUGAUAAUACCUUCUCUGUAUUUGAAUUGGAUACGCCAAACCCCUUAGCCAAUUCACUUUUGCAACCACAAUUUCCUGGAACACUGGUGUUGGAACUUGAUUGGUUGCCCUUGCGAACUGAUAAAAAUGACCCACUGGUACUGUGCAUUGCAGGAGCAGAUAGUAGCUUUCGCCUUGUUGAAAUUAAUGUAAGUGAUAAACGAUUUGGUCGUGCACCCCAGUUCAGAAAUAUAAAGGAAAGAUUCCGGUCAAUGCCUAUAUGCUGUCCCAUACUCUUUCCCACACCACAUGCCCUGGCAUUACGCAUGAUAUUGCAAUUUGGUGUUAAACCUUCUUGGUUUAAUACUUGUAGUACAACGAUAAAGAAGAGGCCUCACUAUAUUCCAGGGACUCCAUCAUCUACAGGGGAUCUUCGAACAUACAUGAUCGGCAUACCAUCUCUUGGUGAUUCUGUGGUGCCAGAGAUGCUUUUAAAAGUACUGGAACCAUAUCGAAAAGAAGGUUGCAUACUUGAUGAUGAGAGAGCCAAGUUGUAUGCUACUAUUGUGGAUAAAGGCUGUGCUGCAAGGUUUGCCUUCACAGCUACAAUAUUUGGGGAAUUCUCGGAAGCUUUGUUUUGGUUACAGCUGCCUCAAGCGCUUAAACAUUUGAUGAAGAAGUUAUUGAGAAAGCCUCCCCCGAAAGCGCCAACAGCGCAAACUAUCUCUGAAGAUGAUGAGACAUCUUUACUGUCUAGGAUAUCGUCAAAGGGAAAACAAACAGAAGAAAUGGGGAGUCAAGGUCAACUAAGGAUGAUGGCUUUUGACCAAGAAGAGCUGUGGAAAAGCGCUAGUGAACGUAUCUCUUGGCAUGAAAAAUUAGAAGAUGAAGAAGCUAUACAGAAACGUAUACAUGAGCUUGUGUCAGUUGGCAACCUAGAAGCCGCGGUUAGUUUAUUGCUUUCUACUCCCCCAGAAAGCUCUUUCUUCUAUGUGAAUGCACUUCGUGCUGUUGCUCUCUCAUCUGCCGUUUCAACGUCUCUUAAUGAACUUGCAGUGAAGGUUGUUGCGGCCAACAUGGUGAGGGCUGACAGAUCACUUUCUGGCACUCAUCUUCUCUGCGCAGUUGGAAGACACCAAGAAGCAUGUUCCCAGCUACAAGAUGCAGGGUGCUGGGCAGAUGCUGCAACCUUAGCUGCUACUCACUUAAAGGGAUCAGAUUACGCAAGGGUGUUGCAAAGGUGGGCUGGGUACGUCCUACACACUGAACAUAAUAUCUGGAGGGCUCUGAUUUUGUACGUUGCCGCCGGCGCACUUCAAGAGGCAUUGGCAGCUCUUCGUGAAGCACAAAUUCCUGACACAGCUGCAAUGUUUAUCCUUGCAUGCCGUGAAAUUCAUGCAGAUAUUGUUUCCAACUUGGGUAUUGUUGAUGAAGAUGAAUUAAGUUCAAUAGGCCAUAAUCUACUAACUUUGCGUGCCUUAGAUCCGAAGAAUGAAGAUGUCAUUGCCGUUAGUGAAUAUUUUGGGCAAUACCAGAGAAAAUUGGUCCAUCUCUGCAUGGAUGCGCCCCCAUACUAUGAAUGAGUGUUAGGGCUUUGAUACGAUGCAUUUAGAUAUUCAUGAAACAAGUGAAAAGAAAGCUGUAGUUUGAUUUCCAUUCAAGGUGCUGCCUGCAUUCAUUUUUCUUUUUAAGUUAUUGGCAGCAUUCCGAAAUGGAAUGCACCGAACAGAGAAUGCCUUUUGCUGUAGGGACGUAGAAUCUUGUAGGUAGCAUGAUACCAUAGUCUUUUGUGAAACAAAAUCCGAUGGUCGCAGUCACCAGCGAUUGUUUCACGCUACGUUUCUCGAGUUCAGGUUGCAAUAGCAUGGUUGAGUGUUAUGCUGUAGCUUGUGUAUACAUUUUUGUUGCUAACAAAAUCAUAAUUGUAUUUCUAUUGAACGGUAUUUGAUUGGUAGUUGAAAAGGUUAUACCUUUUAUUUUAUUUGACAUGGAAAAGGAUAUGUCUAAAGAUGCAUGAUGCAUGGAACGUGAGAAAGCUAUAUAAUUAAUAAUAGUAUUUAAUUCUUGUCGGUGUUGGAUAAUACAUUUGUCGGUCGCGUGAAUCGUUCUAUCUUACACCAACUCUGUAGCGGGCUGAUGGGAAAGACACGACGCCUGCUGCCUUCGAUGAAA